GCAGUUGCAUUAUUGGAGGUGUGUCUAGCUAUUAAUGUGGAUCACGGAGCUGGAGAGCUGGGAGCUGCUGUGUGGAGCUACUGUGCGCUGCUGCUCAGAUCCAGCUAUAGAGUGAGUGCCUGACAGUCACACUGAAGGGGUCUCUUAGAAUCUCUCUGGAAUUUGCCUAUAAAGCACCGGGGGCCCCCCACCCCGGCCUGGCACCCUCUCCUCUCCUGCCGGCUAAACAAGAAAAAAGCCACAAUGGGAAAUGUGCCGAAGAAUUUCCAAUAAGCCAGAAAAGUUGGAAUCCGGGAUCGUCGUCUCCUUUUUUUCUUUGAUCCUAUAUUCUCGUUUUGGGAAUAAAACAGGGAAUUAAUGGUGAUUAUUUUUUUUUCCUUGCGUGGGGAUUUGGCACGGGAAGAACAACUGUGCCGGAAUCCAGCGCCCGGGAUUUCACAAGGUUAUCAGAGUGGUAUGUGUCUGUACUCCCACCGUGCACCCCCAUGUGACUAUGUACAAGGACCAAGAACCCCAAGUUGUCUCCUAAACCACUAAGCGGAACCAUGGAUCUCCAUUUGCUGUCCCUCAUCGUGGUCAAGUGCCUCUUUCAGCUGAUUCUGUGCGACAAACAAGCAUUACAACCUACAGGAGUGCUGAAAUGGGAGGACAAAGACCCAGCCGAAACGUUAGUGACCAACAUUGUCCACUCGAGACUCCACAGUCCACUCCGACUCUUCGUUAAACAAUCUUCCCUCCCCAGGCAAGGCCAGCUGUCCUACUUUAACACGGUUGAAAACUUCUGGCAUUGGUUAUCUAAUAUAAGUGAUACCCAAGAGUCCCUUGUGAGAACUAAGCGCAGACCUAUAGUAAAAACGGGCAAAUUCAAGAAGAUGUUUGGAUGGGGAGAUUUCCACUCAAAUAUUAAGACUGUAAAAUUAAAUCUGCUCAUCACGGGGAAAAUCGUCGACCACGGCAACGGGACGUUCAGUGUCUAUUUUCGACACAACUCAACCGGACUGGGAAAUGUUUCUGUGAGCCUGGUGCCCCCUUCCAAAGUGGUCGAAUUUGAGGCGUCUGCACAGUCCACGCUCGAAAACAAGGACGCCAAGUCAUUCAACUGUCGCAUCGAAUAUGAGAAAACUGACAGAGCCAAGAAAACGGCCCUGUGUAACUUCGAUCCGGCAAAGAUCUGCUACCAAGAGCAGACGCAGAGCCACGUGUCCUGGUUGUGUUCUAAACCAUUCAAAGUCAUUUGUAUUUAUAUUGCUUUUUUCAGCAUAGACUACAAACUCGUGCAGAAAGUCUGCCCCGAUUACAAUUAUCAUAGUGAGAUGCCAUAUUUGUCCUCUGGUUGAAGAACGCCUAAGUAGCAAGCACUGUCUGCAGUCGAGGACACUACCCUUGACUGCCAGGGGGGACAUUUCUCCUUGGGAAGCUUCCUUGUAGCUUCUCGGCGAACAAUUUUUUUUUUUUCUGUAUCAGGUGGGAAAAAAAGUAAUCGUGACAGUGACUCGCCAUUUUUAUUUAAUAAUGUUCAGAUGUUUCUGUACCUUUGAAGUCGAGUAGUCCAAAGUAAGAAUCAGGGAGUAUAAUUAUGCAUACGAAGGUGGUAAAUAUAUGCAUGAUGUAGGCGCUGCUUUUGCAAAUUACCAGACUUGAAACAAACUCAUUUAUUGCAAUGACACAAUGGGAGAUAAUGUUGUCUAUGAAGAUUCUCAUUCAUCCAGGUCUUGAUAUACAGUAUCUAGUAGAAUUAAGUCUAAAACAACUGG